AUGAAGGAAAUUUCAGCACUUUUUCACACUGCCUACUCAAAGGUAGCUACGAUUCAAAUAUGUGGAAACUCUGUUGCGUGCACUGGACUAUACUCAUUUAAUGUCUUUUCUGAUGUGGAUUUCGCUCCAGCCGAAGUAACAAACAGACCUCUGUUAGAUACUGAAAAUGCUAUCAAUGCCGACUCUAGCGAUGACGAUGAUAUGCCUCUCUCCGUAUUUGUAAGAAUUAAAGUUAAAAUCAAUUGCAAAGCCACCGAAAAUAGAACAUCCAGUCAAAGUCCAGUUUUUAAUCAAAACGCAACUGCAACUAAUACGCCUGUUGUUGAUCUCAACGUACCAGGCCCAUCACAUGUUACCCCAGGCAUGAUUGUACCCUUGCCCAAAGCUAAACAUGUGUAG